AAUGUCAAAUCGAAUCAUCGUGCCAAUGAUGUGAUUGUAGGCGAAGGAGAACCACAAAUUAUAACCGCACGUUUUGUCUUUGGUUUACUGGACCUGGUUUCAAUGACAAACGAAAAGAUCCUUAUUCAGUCGCGUUCUCUUAGUGGCACGUGGAACACCAUUGGUACGGAGGUCACCGAUUCAUCCGGUCGUAUUCAUUAUCAUGUUCCCGAACAACGCCGAUUCACCGUCGGGUUGCAUCCGAUCUUGCUCAGCGCCGAGUCCGAUCGUGAACAUCCGGUUCAGCUAACUUUAGCUGUUGUUCCGCCAAACACCGAAGCAGUUGUGUUCAGCGUUGAUGGCAGUUUCGCGGCUAGUUUAUCCAUCAUGGGAAAAGAUCCGAAGAUUCGACCGGGCGCAGUCGAUGUUGCACGACAUUGGCACAGUUUGGGCUACUUGAUCAUCUACCUUUCAGCCCGACCGGACAUGCAACAACGGCGUGUGACCAGUUGGCUAGCCAAUCACAACUUUCCUCAAGGGAUCACUCUGUUCGUCGAGGGUAUCUCGACCGAUCCGUUACGCCAGAAGGGUCAACUAUUGAAAAAUAUUUGCGAGAAACCUUUGACGCGAGGCUACGCUGUCCACCUAUCUCAAUUGGCCGCAGGUAAUCCUCUGUCCUGUCCUGCAGUCGGUGCCCUCAGUACAGCAAUGGGUUUAGGUCAUUCUCCAUUCGAACGACCGCCCGUCCGGAUCUCACCUCGACAGUCGGAUCAGAAGUCCGCUUCAUCUCAAUCAAGCAAGUUUUCGAUGGUGUGA